CAGAGAAUGAUAAGCAGCAGGAUAUAUUCUGAGAUUCUGCUUGACACCAUCCAGACCUUUGUUCUUCUGGAACUCUGUAUCUAAGAUGGCCAGUAGGAAAGCUGGAAGCAAAGCAGCUGCAAAGCGGGCCCAGAGGGGAUCUUCCAAUGUCUUCUCCAUGUUCGAGCAAUCACAGAUCCAAGAAUUCAAAGAGGCAUUCAGCUGCAUUGACCAGAAUCGUGAUGGCAUUAUUAGCAAAUCAGACUUGAAAGAGACAUAUGGUCAACUUGGGAAAAUGAAUGUGAAGGAUGAAGAGCUGGAUGAGAUGCUAAAGGAAGGGAAGGGACCCAUUAACUUCACCGUCUUCUUAACGCUCUUUGGGGAGAAACUGAAUGGCACUGACCCCGAGGAUUCCAUUCUUGCUGCUUUCAAACUUUUUGACUCUAAUGGAACUGGCUAUGUGAACAAAGAGGAGUUCAAACAACUCCUAAUGACACAGGCAGAUAAAUUCUCUGCUGAGGAGGUGGAACAGAUGUUUGCUCUAGCUCCUAUAGAUGUGGCUGGAAACAUUGAUUACAAGUCUUUGUGUUACAUCAUCACACAUGGUGAUGAGAAGGAAGACUGAGGAAAUUAAUAGGAUGUGGCUGUGAUGAAAUAUGUAGGGUAUCCACUGCAUAACUCAUAAUCCUGCAAUAAAAGGCUGAAUGAAAAAUGAA